GGGGCGGUGACAGGGAGCGCUGACAGCGGGGCGGCGACGGGCGGAGCGCGCUCGCCUUCCGCCUCAGAGCAGCGGGGCGGCCGCGGUCGGGCCUGUGCCGGGGGUGGCUGUGACUCCGCCGUCGCUGCUGUUCGGCUGCGUAACUCUCUCCUUCCCUUCCCUUCCCUCCCCCUCGGGCCCAGCGGCGCGAUGGGUUCCCGGGCGUCCACACUGCUGCGGGACGAGGAGAUCGAGGAAAUCAAGAAGGAGACGGGCUUUUCCCACAGUCAAAUCACCCGCUUGUACAGUCGCUUCACUAGCCUGGACAAAGGAGAAAAUGGCACUCUUAGCCGUGAAGACUUCCAGCGGAUUCCAGAGCUUGCCAUCAAUCCACUCGGAGACAGAAUUAUCAAUGCCUUCUUUCCAGAAGGAGAGGACCAGGUGAAUUUCCGUGGAUUCAUGAGGACACUAGCCCACUUCCGACCUAUAGAAGAUAAUGAAAAGAGCAAAGACCAGAAUGGACCAGAACCACUUAACAGCCGAAGUAACAAGCUCCACUUUGCUUUUCGAUUAUACGAUCUAGAUAAAGAUGACAAGAUUUCCAGGGAUGAGCUGCUUCAGGUGUUACGGAUGAUGGUUGGUGUAAAUAUUUCAGAUGAGCAGCUGGGCAGCAUUGCUGACAGGACAAUCCAGGAAGCUGAUCAAGAUGGAGAUAGUGCCAUCUCCUUUGCAGAAUUUGUAAAGGUUUUGGAGAAGGUGGAUGUAGAGCAGAAAAUGAGCAUUCGAUUUCUUCACUGAUGGAUGGAGAACCUAUUCCUUUCUACUCCGACUAUGUAAUGAAUAGAACUUCAUUUUAUCCUUAGCACCAUCCCCCAGAGCAUUGCUACUGGUGCAUAUACAAUACAUCUCCAACCCCUCCCUGAGUUGUUCUGCCAAUGUGAACGUUCCCUGUGCAUCAGGAACAAAGGGAAAUGGCUGCCGUGCAACUUGGAAAAGGAGCUUUUUUUAAUGUUUUCCUUCGGUUUUUUUACCCUUUCUCUUGUCUCUUUCUGCACUACUGUUUCAGUAAAAAUGUCUCUCCUUAUGCACUGCUGUUUAAUCUACAAACUGAUUCUUCUGAGCUCUGAAUUUGGGAACGGAAAAGCGGAAACAUGCCACAGAAGUGCCCUCUGAAAUAUUUCGGAGACAAGCAUCUGCUCAAAUACUAGGUGCAGUGAUAAUGAUCCACUUUUGCCACAUGACAGCUGCCUUUUUUUUUUUUUACCCCUUUCCUAUUUGGCUCUUUACAUACAGAUUUGUUUCUUCACUGCUUCUAAAUCUGCCUUUUACUUAAGGACUUGUCAAUUUAUAUGGCUUUAUUGUAUAACUAGCACUGAAUGCAUGAUGAUAGUCUAGAGUACUUUAAAGUACUGUGAAUAGACUUUAUUCUUUGUGGAAUUAAUUCAUAGGGACAGUGGGAGAAUAUGUGGUGGAGACAGGCUAUGGUGUUCUCAAAAGGAAUAGGAAUUCUGCACUAAGUCACUUAAACUUUUCCAGUAGCAGAUGCAGAAACUUGUUUCUUUCUUUUGAGUAGCUUUCAGGCUUGACAGCCGGUGCACCAUGAAGUGUCCUCUCCGGAUUUCUUUUGUCUAGGAUCCCUCCUUUCAUAAGGGUGGUUUUGCUUCUGAAAGUGUAAAUGUGUUGACCAGUGUACAUAAUACAAGAAAACUAGUCAUGCCAAAAUCUGGAUUUGUAGUUCUGUCACUGCCCCGUGGUAACAGUGUCAUGAAACAUGAGAUCAUGAAACUGAUUUCAUGUUUUUUUUUUCCCAAUUAGAGAGGCCUGGAUAACCAGUAUUUUUAUUUUCCAGUAUGAAAGUCCUGGUCUGUUAGAUUUUUGUUGAGAAUGGUAGCUGUAUUUAGGAAAACUCUAGCAUCAGAAUACAAUUUGGGGUAGUACAUAUUAUCCCAAAUAUUUCAGAAUAUAUUUCUAUGCAAAUCUCUUUGCAAGUGUAAGAUGAUUAAUACUGUUAAUAGAAUGCUGAUAAAUUCAAGAGAUCUAAAUUCUUGAAGGUUUAAUACUAACAGUUUUCUGUGGCUAGAUUGACAAAUGAUCUCAUCUAGUUCAUCUGGAACAUUCCACAGUCUGGGAGGUCCUUCCAAUAAAACCAAAAAAACCCUGGGAGCUUCUUUAUUGAAGAAUCUGUGUUAUAACUGCUUCUCUGUUAUGUGCUAACAUCUCUAUAAAUACUUACCAGUCUCAAACUA